AGGUGGGGGAUUUGAGCUGGGCACGCGGCGCGAAGGCCGAGGGGUCGCGCCCAACGGCCUUCUCGCUCGCCCCGCAGCCCAUCUGCGCCCACCCCCCUCCCCAUUCCCUUCCCCUUUUCGACCCACCCCUCCCAUCCCACCACACUACAAAUGCGGCGCAACCGCAGCGGCAGCAGCCAGCAGUAGCGACCCGUGCUAGUAGUACACCGCCGCGGCGUCGCCCGGACAUGCUCUCGCAUCCACCGCCCUCGCACCGCGCACGCUAGGCACGCUCGAAUCCGGGGGGCCGUUGCAACGGCUAGUUGCGGCGGCGCGGCCGAUCGAUGGACCCGUACGGCGGCGGCGGAGGCGCCGAUGCCGGAGGGAGCGGCGGCGGAGGCGCCAAUGGCUCUCAAAUGUGGGUGAGGGGGGCCCGGGCCGUGUUUGCUUCGUCCUUGCUUGCUGGGUCCGCGGUUCUCGCGGGGGACUGGUCGGCUCCGUGUCUCGGGGGGGAUUGGGGUGGGGGAUGGGAUGAGGGGUUUUGGCUGGGGCCGAUGCGCCGCCGUCCGGUGCGGAGCUGGCGGUGGGCGGAGAUCCGCUCGCCGCCGGCCGGUCCCGGGUGUUCGAUCUGACGGUGGAGAAAUCCUGCCGUGGCGGCGAUCUGGCCCGGCGCGCCGGCUCUCGGCGGAUCGGGAGGAUGAUCCGUGGGGCGGUCCUCGGGCCCCUGGCAGUCUCUGGGAUUGGCAAGCAGGAGAGCAUUGCGAAGCAGAUGAUGCGAGCCAUGCGGAUGCUACCAAGUUUGUGUGGGAUUGCCUCAAUCAAGAUGACGAUGAGCUACUGGGAUUGCUUGGGAAUCAAACUCCGCUGAGGGACUGUCGUGACUUCUUCGCUGAUAUACCAGAUAUCUCCUGCAAGGAGACCCUGGACCCGGAGGAGUCUCGCGAAGCAAAGCGAAGACGUACGUUGGAGUACCCUCCAGAGUCUAGUCAGUCGGAAGUUGGAACUCAUGAAACCGCUUCUCCUUUUGUCGCAUCUGAGGUAACAGAGGUUUCAUUGCUUUGUACCGACGAACCACAGAGCUUAAAUUGUGAUAUACAGUACAGUUCAAAUAAUAUAGAUACAAUAAGUUCCUUGUCAAAUCAAGCAUCCUACUGGCAAGAAAAUAACCAUUUGGAACAUUGCUCUUAUGGAACUCCAGUGUACGUCGAACCUGAUCAAAUGCCUUGUACCCAGGAAAGCGUUGCAUAUGUUGAUGAUCAAGCUGGUAUUUCAGGAUCAAGCGAGAUUGCACCAGUGACAGAGCGUUUCAUAAUGCAGGAAACUAGGAAGCUUUCUACGCUCAAAGUCUCUAAAGGAGGAAGCUCAUCGCUAGUCAAGGCAAAGCAAAACAUAACUACAACCGUAGCAUACCCUUUUACUCUCAUCAAGCCAUCUUGGAAGGAAGGCGAUGUUACUCUGCAGGACAUUAAUCAGAGACUGCGUGCUCCUCCAAAGAAACCUCCUGAAAUCCUGGGAACUUCUGCUUUCUCUGGCAAGCCCGUGAUCGGCAAGACAAGGAUCAAGACAGAUGGGGGCAAAGGCAGCAUCACAAUACUAAGAACAAAGGGCUGAGAGCCCUGAGAAUGACUUUGAUCCUUAUUUAUCUGCCAUUCUCAACAUUUAUCAGAACAGAAGGGGGGAAAGCAGCUCCUUGGUGGUCAAUUGUGCAGGCCUGAGGACCUGAGGCUGCCAUUGACCCAGACAUAUAACAGUACAAGGGACAGAGGGCUGAGAACAUGAGACUGCCAUUGAUCCUUAUCUACCUGCCAUUCUCUCGAUUGCUUCCGGCGCUCUGGUCAAUUGCGCAGGCCUCUGUAGCUUCCCAUUUAUUACAAUUUUCCAUUUCAAUUUUGUGCCGUGGCUUUGGUGUUCUGAAGCGCACUGUAGAUGCGAAACUCUUUGUUCAAAGAUCCAGCAUUCUUCCGGUGUAUUUAUGGCAUGUGGCCAAUGAUAUAUAGGGGAAAAAAAUUGAAGUUCAAGGUAUUGUUGUGUUCUGCCCUGUUUA